CUUGGGUGGGAACAAGUCUUUUGGCCAAUUCGACUUAAGUUAGAAUAGACCACAGCACAUGUUGCAUUUCUAAUACCUUCUCCACGGAUUGGUUUGUCACACCAAGGGCAAUUUCGUCUUUUAAAACACCUAAACCCUCAUAAUUAGGGUUUCUCUCUCAUCUCUCCAAAACCCUUCCUUUAUUUGAUUCAUAUUUGCAUGUCGGUUUAUCGGUUGAGUGGCAACAAAAGAUGCCCUUUAAACCCCUUCUUCUUCUCUCUCCUUUCGGUACUUCAAAAAGUUCUUUUUUUUCUUUCUUUUAUCUUUUUUCUCAUGAUUUUCUUUUCUCCAUGCUGUUUUUUGUUGAGAACUUGAAGCGGAAAUCAUUAAACAACGUGAUGAAUGAAAGCAACAACUUUAACAUCAUCAAGUUUUGUACGGACUGCAAGACUACAAAAACCCCUUUGUGGAGAGGUGGCCCUGCUGGUCCUAAGUCGCUUUGUAACGCAUGCGGGAUCAGGUACAGAAAGAAAAAGAGAGUUUUUGAAAGCUUAAACAGGCGUCGUCCAGAAAAGAGAAAAGACAAAACCACCAUACCUGGUGCUUCUGCUAAAAGUGCUUUUGCCAAAGUUGAUAAUGAUAAUAGUUACAAAGGAUUGAGUGAGUCUUUCAAGAUGCGGUUACUGGUUUUGGGCAAAGAAAUGAUGUUGCAGAGGCCAUCAUCAUCAUCAACACCGCCAUUUGCGGUGGUGAAGAAGAAGCAAAGAUGCCAAAGAAGAAGGAAGCUGAAAGAGGAAGAACAAGCAGCUUUCUCUUUGAUGGCUUUAUCUUGUGGGUUUGUUUUCGCUUGAUUAAUUAGUUCAUAAUCACCCAAAAUUACACACCGUUUUACUUCACUCGGCUGUUUUCAGGCCAAUUUUCUUGUUUUUCCCUCGUUAAUUUCUAGGACAAAAAGAAGCUACAGAGCAACAUUGAUGGUAGUGAUGAUAAUGCAGGACUUGGUUGAUGUCAUCUCAAUCAACAUUUGUAAAUAUUGUUUUUGGAAUAUGACAAAAAAGUGUUGAAUUCCUUCGUAAA